ACAACCCGCGUGGGGCGGUGGGCCCGGCGCGCGCUCUGAAUGCUGAUCCUCUCCUCUCACGUCAAAUGCGUUUCUCCUUGCCUUCUCUCUCACCAGUCGACACCGGGCCGGAAAAGAAAGGGAAUCUGCUCGCCGCCGCCGCCGUCGAUGGAGUCCGUCGCGAUCGCCACCACCACCACCACCCGCGCCCUGCCGCCGCCCUUCCCCUCCGCGGCUCACCGGCUCCGGCGCCGCGCCGCCUCCUUCGUCCCGGUCGCAGCCGCCUCCAAGCGGAGAGACGGCGGCGAGGGGGAGGACGCCGGAGCCGGUUCCAGGCGGCCGUCCUCGUCUUCGGGGGGCGAGCCAACAGGCCUCGCGCCGUACGGCAUCUCCUUCUCGCCCUUCUCAAAGGACGCGGCGAUGGGGCUGGUGAUGAGCGCCGCGACGGGGAGUGGCUGGACGACGGGGUCGGGGAUGGAGGGCCCGCCGACGGCCGGCGGUGCCGCGAACCGGCCGGAGGUGUCGACGCUGCCCUGGUCGCUCUUCACAAAGUCCCCGCGGCGGCGGAUGCGGGUGGCCUUCACCUGCAACGUCUGCGGGCAGCGCACCACGCGCGCCAUCAACCCGCACGCCUACACCGACGGCACCGUGUUCGUUCAGUGCUGCGGGUGCAACAUCUUCCACAAGCUGGUGGACAACCUGAACCUGUUCCACGAGAUGAAGUGCUACGUCGGCCCCGACUUCCGCUACGAGGGGGACGCCCCGUUCAACUACCUCGACAGCGGCGACGAUGAUGGCAGCGGCAACAUCUUUCCGCUUGUAUAGGGAGGCGAGGCAAUGUCCUUGCCGUCCCGGCGCAUGAUGGAUGGUGCUCUAAUCCGCGCUCGCCCGGUUUGCUAUAUGUUAAUAAACAGAAUGUAUGUUGUUUAAUGUCGAUGGGUGCCCGUAAAUAUGUGUAUGCAGAUGUAUAUAAAUAGCACAAGCCAGUGGAUGGUAAUAAUAAUAACAAGAUAGGAACUUCACACCUUC